AUGAAAUCCGUUUCGAGAAAUGAAAUAACACAAUUUUACAAUUGUUAUUUAUUACGAGAUCAUAAAAUAGUUAAAGAUGAUUUUUGGGUUAGGAACGGAAAAAUAAUUAAUCCUGAAAAAGUUUUUUUUGACGAAAGAAAAAUUGCUGACAAUCGAAUUAACUGUCACGGGGCUUUAAUUUGUCCUGGCUUUAUUGACAUUCAGAUAAAUGGAGGAUUUGGAAUAGAUUUUUCACAAAAUUCUCCAGUGACUUCUAAGGAAAUAGAUAUUGUUGCAAAAGGACUUUUAUCCCAUGGAGUUACUGCUUUUUGUCCAACAAUAGUAACAUCUCCUCUUGAAAUUUAUGAAAAAGUUUUACCAAAUUUGAAAAAGAAACAAGGAGGAAAACAUGGUGCUACAGUUCUCGGAAUACACCUCGAAGGUCCAUUUAUUAGCCCUGAAAAAAAAGGAGCACAUCCUCCUGCCCACAUAAAAACAUUUGAACAGGGAGUGGAUUCUUUGUUGAAUGUGUACAAGUCAUUAGACGAUGUUUUAAUUAUUACUCUUGCUCCAGAAGCAGAAGGUAGUUGUGAAAUUAUAAAAUAUUUAGUAGAUAAAGGUAUCAUUGUUUCCCUUGGUCAUUCACAAGCAAACUUGUUACAGGCAGAAGAAGCCUUUAAAUGUGGAGCAUCGCUUAUAACUCAUUUGUUUAAUGCUAUGUUACCAUUUCAUCAUCGAGAUCCCGGUUUAGUCGGUCUACUGGCAUCGGAUCUUGUACAAAAUGAAAGAACUAUUUAUUUUGGAAUUAUAUCCGAUGGAGUUCACACUCAUCCUUCAGCACUAAGAAUAGCACAUAGAAUUCAUUCGAAAGGUUUGAUAAUUGUUACAGAUGCUAUAUCUGCAUUGGGACUAGAAGAAGGAAAUCACACGAUUGGACAAAAAUGUGUUGAAAUUAAAAAUGGUCGAGCUUUCAUUGCAGGAACAGAUACACUUUGUGGAAGUAUUGCAACAAUGAAUUAUUCUGUUAAAUAUUUCAAAAAGGCAACAGGUUGUUCAAUAGUUGAAGCAUUAGAAGCGGCAACGUUGCAUCCAGCUUUGGCUCUUAAUAUUUCCCAUGAAAAAGGUUCAUUGAAUUUUGGCAGCGAUGCAGAUUUUAUCAUAUUAACAUUAGAUUUGGAUUUGAUUUCCACAUGGAUUAAUGGAGAAUGUUUACAUAAUGCGUAA